GGCGCGGGCGCCAUUUUGUGAGGCGGACUAUAAACGGGCGCGGAGGCCGGCCGGCGGCCCGGUUGCUGCUGAGGAGCUCGUGCUCUCCCUCGCUCGUUCCGUCCUCGCUUUUCGGCCCCUCCGCCCGGCCUCGGCCGGCUUCCUGACGCGGGGGGCGGCUCUCCCGGCGCUUGGGCCUCGGGCCGCCUCGCAGCCAUGAGUUACGGCCGGCCGCCUCCCGAUGUGGAGGGCAUGACCUCCCUCAAGGUGGACAACCUGACCUACCGCACGUCGCCCGACACGCUGCGGCGCGUCUUCGAGAAGUACGGCCGCGUGGGCGACGUGUACAUCCCGCGGGACCGCUACACCAAAGAGUCCCGCGGCUUCGCCUUCGUGCGCUUCCACGACAAGCGCGACGCCGAGGACGCCAUGGACGCCAUGGACGGCGCCGUGCUGGACGGCCGCGAGCUGCGCGUGCAGAUGGCGCGCUACGGCCGGCCGCCCGACUCGCACCACAGCCGCCGGGGCCCGCCGCCGCGCCGCUACGGGGGAGGGGGCUACGGCCGGCGGAGCCGCAGCCGUUCCUCCCCGUCCCGCAGCCCCCGGCGACGCCGCCGCUCCCGCUCCCGCUCCCGGAGCCGAUCCCGCUCCCGCAGCCGCUCCCGCUACAGCCGCUCCAAGUCUCGCUCCCGCACGCGCUCGCGCUCCCGCUCCACGUCCAAGUCCCGCUCGGCGCGGCGCUCCAAGUCCAAGUCGUCGUCGGUGUCGCGCUCGAGGUCCAGGUCCAGGUCGAGGUCCCGCUCCCGCAGCCCGCCGCCCGCGUCCAAGCGCGAGUCCAAGUCGCGCUCGCGCUCCAAGAGCCCCCCCAAGUCCCCGGAGGAGGAGGGCGCCGUGUCGUCGUGAGCGCCCGGUAACGGCGGGUCCCGCGGGGCGCGGGGGGUCGCAGGUGGUGGUGGCUGUGCGGCAACUGUGACCUACUAAUGACCAUGCCUGUUUCUUGCUGUUCUUACCCAACGUCUGCAUUCUCCCCUUUAAAGCUGCGGUCUCCUGUUUGGUAACAGAAUAUUGGCCAGUAUUGCAGACUUUAACUGGUUUGGCUGAUCCUCCAGGGACCAGUUUCUGUGGGCGUGUGUUGGAGCAGGUUUGUCUUUAAACGUUAAAGAUGCACUAUCCUCAGACGAUCAGGCGGCUCCGGCCGCGCUGGCUGGGACUCGAGGCUCGUGGCCGUAGCGCACGAGUUGCAGUAAGGAGCAGUGAACUUGGGCAACCCCAAAAGAGCAGUCUGCAGGUAUCGGAGAGCGCUGGGUGGGAAAAGGAUAGUGUGUCUUUAACUCUGAGUCGUUUGGUCCUGUUUUUCGAAGAGGAAAGGGCCCUAACCAGCUCAGAGGAGCCUUAGCCGUUCUCGAUUGCCAAAUGCUUACUUUGCAAACCUAGACCUUAAAAUAGAGAUGGGUGAUCCAUCCGACUUAAGAUUUUUUGUUUGGAUACACCCCCACACCCCAGCUCCCCACCCUGCCCCAUUUUUCCCCCACAUUCCCCCGCCCCCCCUUUUCUUCACCUUGGUUAUUAAGCCACCAAAAAGCAAAGAUUAAAAAGUCCAACGUGAGCGAUUGGUAGCCAUCGGCGCCCCGGCGCUGGCGGGCGAGCCGCCCUCUAGGCUCCCGGCCCCCCCAGCCUUAGCGAGCAGGCUGCCCGACUGCUCCUGGUGCGGGGCGGCCCGGCUGAACUUGUCUCUCUUCACACCUAGAUGUGUCCGCAAGGAGCCUAACGGAGCACCACCGGCUAAGGACCACAGCUCAGGCCGUCGUCUGGUCCGUGGAAGAACCCUUGGGACAAGCAACUGGCUAUUGAAAAGGUUAUUUUGUAACAUUAACUUUUUACUUGUUUUAAUCUUUGCCUCAGGUGGCAAACUUCAUUUUAUGUGCCAUUUUGUUGCUGUUAUUCAAAUUUCUUGUAAUUUAGUGAGGUGAACGACUACAGAUUUCAUUAUUGCAUUGGAUAUUUGAGGUAAAAUUUCAUUUUGUUUAUAUAGUGCUGACUUUUUUUGUUUGGAAUUAAACAGAUUGGUAACCUAAUUUGUGACCUCCUGACUUUAAGGAAACAGUCUAAAGCGGUCAAGAGAUUGACUCAACAUUGCCUUCAUUCAUUAACAUUAAAAACUGCAAAAAUGGUGUCAAUUUGUAUAUGUUAUUUGCCUUCAGAUCUAAAUGGUAAUCUGAAUCCAAAUUUGUAUAAAGACUGCAGGUGAAAAGAUUUGACUUUUUUUUUUUUAAAGGAUUGUUGACCAAACACAAUUCUAAUCUCUUCUCUUGUGUAUUUUUGUGCACUAGGCGCAGUUGUGUAGCAGUUCAGUAAUGCUGGUUAGCUGUUAAGGUGGCGUGUUGCAGUGCAGAGUGCUUGGCUGUUUCCUGUUGUCUCCUGGUUGCUCCUGUGUAGAGAGAUGCCUGUCGUGCAGAAACAAAUGGCUGUCGAGUUUAUUAAAUGCCUGACAACUGCACUUCCAGUCACCGGGCCUUGCCUAUAGAUAACGGAGCAUACAGUGAGCACAUCUAGCUGAUGAUAAAUACACCAUUUUACCCCCCUCCCCACCUGCCCCCAAAUGGUAAAUUGAUGAUCCUGUAUGAACUUAAAAUGGAAAAUGUUAAGGAAACAUGGUUUGUAACUUUGUAAGUACUUAACCACAUGGUGUAUCUUUGCUUAUGGAUAUUCUGUACUAUAACCAUUGUUUCUGUAGUUUAAUUAAAAUGUUUCUUGGUGUUAGCUUUUCUCA